AUGCCAAUUAUUGAUGUUUAUAAAGCUAAAAUUUGUGUAGUUAAUAAAAGAUCUCUUAAUCAAGGAUAUGCAGCAGUAGAUAAUCCAUUAUUUUUCUAUUCUAAUACAAGAAUGUUCUUAAGUGAUUGUAAAAAAGGAUUUGAAGAAUUAAAUGAAGAAAUUAAAAAAUUAACAAAUAAAUCAAUAACAAUAACAAAUGGAGGAGAAAUAAAUUAUUCAGAAAAAACAGGAUUAUUAUCUCAAGAAAAAGAAGAAAUUCAAACAAAAAUUGAUCCUGAAGAUUUAUUUAUUGGUAUUCCAAAAGAAAAUAUACCAGAAAAAAUGGUUGCUAUGGUUCCAUCAGUUUGUAAACAACUUAGAACAAGAGGAUAUGGUAUUUAUAUAGAAUCAGGAGCAGGUUUAUUAUCCUCAUGUACUGAUGAAAAUUAUAGAAGUGUUGGAUGUCGUAUUGCUGAAACAAAAGAAGAAUUAUAUGAAAAAUCAAAUAUUAUUUGUAAAGUAAAUCCACCAACAGAAGAAGAAAUUAAUAAAAUGAGACAAGGACAAACAUUAAUUUCAUUUUUUUAUCCAGCAAAAAAUUUAAAAUUACUUGAUCUUGCAGUUAAAAAAGGAAUUAAUGUUAUUUCAAUGGAUUGUGUACCAAGAUUAUCUAAAGCACAAUGUAUGGAUGCAUUAUCAUCACAAAAUAAUCUUGCAGGAUAUAGAUGUGUUAUUGAAGCAUCAAAUAAAUUUGGUAGAUUACUUAUGGGACAAGUUACUGCAGCUGGUAAAUCACAACCAGCUAAUGUACUUGUUAUUGGAGUUGGAGUUGCAGGACUUGCAGCUAUUUCUACAGCUAAAGCACUUGGAGCACAAGUUAAAGCAUUUGAUACUAGAAAAGCAGCAAAAGAACAAGCCGAAUCAGUUGGAGCAGAAUUUUGUACAGUAAAUGUAGAUGAAGAUGCAGAAAAUAAAUUUGGAUAUGCAAAUGCUGCAUCACAAAGACUUAUUGAUGCAGAAUAUGCAUUAUUUAGACAAUUAUUACCAGAAACAGAUAUUGUUAUUACAACAGCAAAUGUU